UUAACGUGCGUGACGUCGUUUCCUUCCAACAUGGCGCAGGCAGGUCGCUGAUGGAAAACUGAGGGAUUUACCCCACCUUCUGGGUUUAUUUAUGUUUGUCUAUCAAGGCCAGAAUCGGUGUAGUUUUUAAAGGAAUACAUACAUUUGAAGAGUAUUUCGCCUUUGGGACAGGUCUUCCUCGCCCCAUUUGCAGCGCGUCAUGUAUGAAGGCAAAAAAACGAAAAACAUGUUUUUAACCCGAGCUUUGGAAAAGAUCUUGGCCGACAAGGAGGUUAAAAAGGCUCACCAUUCUCAACUGCGCAAAGCUUGUGAGGUGGCAUUGGAGGAGAUCAAGGCAGAGUCGGAGAAGUUAAGCAAUCUGCUCUCUUGCAGUCCGCCCACGGGAGACAGCAAAUCAGGUUCCAGCACUCUGCCGCCAAUCAAAUCAAAGACCAACUUCAUCGAGGCAGAUAAGUACUUCUUGCCGUUUGAGUUGGCCUGUCAGUCCAAAUGUCCACGCAUCGUAAGCACAUCACUAGACUGUUUACAGAAAUUAAUUGCAUAUGGCCACCUGACGGGGAGCGCCCCAGACAACACCACCCCGGGCAAGAAGCUCAUCGACAGGAUAAUCGAGACCAUAUGCGGCUGCUUCCAGGGCCCCCAGACGGACGAGGGCGUACAGCUCCAGAUCAUUAAGGCCUUGCUCACAGCAGUAACGUCCCAGAAUAUCGAGAUCCACGAGGGGACCGUCCUCCAGGCAGUGCGGACAUGCUACAACAUCUACCUGGCCAGCAAGAACCUCAUCAACCAGACCACGGCCAAGGCCACGCUCACCCAAAUGCUGAAUGUCAUCUUCGCCCGCAUGGAGAACCAAGCACUUACAAAUCACAAGAUUACUUGGGCUAUGGCUUCCAGAAAGCGUGAUCGUCAGCUCCAGGAGGCGAAGCAGAUGGAGCGCGAGCGGCACCGGCAGCACUCCCCCCUCAGUCAGCAGGAGCCGGACUCUCCCCAGCAGCCCCAACCCCAGACCCCCCAGACCCCCCAGACCCCCCAGACCCCGCAGACCCCUCAGACGCCCCAGACGCCCCAGACCCCUCAGCAGCAGCAUGCCAGCAGCAGCACGCCUCCAGCCAAGGCACCCCCACCCCUGCCACCGCCCCAGGAGCCCGCCGAGGGAGGGGGGAAGAGCGAGCCCGAGACCGAGGCCGAGCAGGGCAAUGGGGGCUCCACCGAGACCCCCCACUACGAGAACCCCGAGCCCGAGAACGGCUCUGAGUUCUGCGCCGCCGAGAACGAGCAGACUGAAGCUGACCAGGCCACCGCCGCUGCGGCGCAGAGUGCAGCACAGAACAGCAUGGACGCUGUUGUGGAAGAAGGGACUCCGAACUAUGAAGAAAAGGCCCAGGAGAUUGUUCAGAGCAUCCUGCAGGAAGUGGUCAACACAGUGGCAGGAAGGCACUGCCUGGACCCUGUUCAUCUGUGUUCAGAUGCCAAGGAUGGGGGCGGCGAGGCCGAGCCUGAGGUCGAAGCCGAGCCUGAGGUCGAAGCCGAGCCGGUCGAGGCCGAGCCAGCCGAGGGCACCCCGAACUCGCUGGAGGACGAGGGGACGCUGGGCAGUGACAGCGAGAAUGUGCACGCCAACGGCAUCCCCGGCACACCCAUCUCGGCCAGCUUUACUCCGUCCCUGCCUGACGACAGGCUGUCCGUCUCCUCUAACGACACUCAGGAAUCGGGAACUACAGGGCCUGCACCUGGUGCCAAGUUCUCCCACAUUCUGCAAAAGGAUGCCUUCUUAGUUUUCCGCUCUCUCUGCAAGCUGUCUAUGAAGCCCCUCUCCGAUGGUCCCCCAGAUCCAAAGUCCCACGAGCUGCGGUCGAAGGUGCUGUCGCUGCAGCUGCUGCUGUCCAUCCUGCAGAACGCCGGGCCCAUCUUCAAGACCAACGAGAUGUUCAUCAACGCCAUCAAGCAGUACCUGUGCGUGGCGCUCUCCAAGAACGGCGUCUCGGCCGUGCCCGAGGUCUUCGAGCUCUCGCUCUCCAUCUUCCUCACGCUGCUGUCCAACUUCAAGACCCAUCUCAAGAUGCAAAUUGAGGUGUUUUUCAAGGAGAUUUUUCUGUACAUUCUUGAGACGUCCACUAGCUCCUAUGACCAUAAGUGGAUGGUCAUUCAGACUCUUACCAGGAUAUGUGCCGAUGCCCAGAGUGUGGUGGACAUUUAUGUGAACUAUGAUUGUGAUUUGAAUGCUGCUAAUAUUUUCGAAAGGCUCGUCAAUGACCUUUCCAAGAUUGCACAGGGACGUGCAGGCCAUGAGCUUGGCACGACCCCCGUACAGGAGCUGACCCUGAGAAAGAAGGGGCUGGAAUGUCUGGUGUCCAUCCUCAAGUGCAUGGUGGAGUGGAGCAAAGAUCAAUACGUCAACCCCAACUCCCAGACCAGCCUGGGUCAAGAGAAGCCUUCAGAGCUGGACACAAAUGACAGCAAGCACCCGGAGACUAUUAACCGCUAUGGCAGCAUCAACUCUCUGCUGAAGACGGCCUCCUCGGGCAUCGGGAGCUACAGCACACAGAUGUCCGGCACCGACAACCCCGAGCAGUUUGAGGUCCUCAAGCAGCAGAAGGAGAUCAUAGAGCAGGGCAUUGACCUGUUCAACAAGAAACCAAAGAGGGGCAUCCAGUACCUGCAGGAGCAAGGCAUGCUGGGAACCACUCCGGAGGACCUUGCCCAGUUUUUACACCAAGAGGACAGGCUUGAUUCUACUCAGGUGGGAGAGUUUCUAGGGGACAACGAUCGCUUUAACAAAGAGGUCAUGUACGCCUACGUGGACCAGAUGGACUUCCAGGGCAAGGACUUUGUGUCGGCGCUCCGUUUGUUCCUCGAGGGCUUCCGUCUCCCUGGGGAGGCCCAGAAGAUUGAUCGGCUGAUGGAGAAGUUCGCUGCUAGAUACUUAGAAUGCAACCAGGGACAAACCCUGUUUGCGAGUGCAGACACUGCAUACGUCCUGGCCUACUCAAUCAUCAUGUUGACCACAGACCUCCACAGCCCACAGGUAAAAAAUAAAAUGACAAAGGAGCAGUACAUCAAGAUGAACAGAGGGAUUAACGACAGUAAAGACCUCCCAGAGGAGUAUCUGUCAGCCAUCUACGACGAGAUUGCCGGCAAGAAGAUUUCUAUGAAGGAGACAAAGGAAUUAACCAUCAAAUCUAAUAAACAGAGUGUGGCCAGUGAGAAGCAGAGGCGGCUGCUGUAUAACGUGGAGAUGGAGCAGAUGGCCAAGACGGCCAAAGCCCUGAUGGAGGCGGUCAGUCAUGUCCAGGCCCCCUUCACUAGCGCCACACACCUGGAGCACGUCAGGCCCAUGUUUAAGCUGGCAUGGACGCCCUUCCUGGCGGCCUUCAGCGUGGGCCUGCAGGACUGUGAUGACACCGAGGUGGCCUCGCUCUGUCUGGAGGGCAUCCGCUGCGCCAUCAGGAUAGCCUGCAUCUUCACCAUCCAGCUGGAGCGGGAUGCGUAUGUCCAGGCUCUUGCUCGCUUCACCCUGCUGACCGCCAGCUCGGGCAUCACUGAGAUGAAGCAGAAGAACAUCGACACCAUCAAGACCCUCAUCACCGUCGCCCACACAGACGGAAACUACCUGGGCAACUCAUGGCUUGAGAUCCUGAAGUGCAUCAGUCAGCUGGAGCUGGCACAGCUCAUCGGUACUGGGGUGAAGGCCCGCUACAUCUCAGGGACGGUGCGCAGCAAAGACGGCUUCAUCACCAGCACCAAGGAGCAGAACUCCGACGAGUACCUGGGGCUGGUGGGGGGGACUGUGGAUCGUAAGCAGAUCGCCAGCAUCCAGGAGUCCAUCGGCGAGACCAGCUCACAGAGUGUGGUGGUGGCUGUGGACAGGAUAUUUACAGGCUCCACCAGACUGGAUGGCAAUGCAAUUGUUGACUUUGUGCGCUGGCUGUGUGCCGUGUCCAUGGACGAGUUGGCCUCGCCUACACACCCGCGCAUGUUCAGCCUGCAGAAGAUCGUGGAGAUCUCCUACUACAACAUGGGCCGCAUCCGCCUGCAGUGGUCCCGCAUCUGGGAGGUCAUCGGGGACCAUUUCAACAAGGUCGGUUGCAAUCCUAACGAGGACGUGGCCAUCUUCGCCGUGGACUCUCUGCGGCAGCUGUCCAUGAAGUUCCUGGAGAAGGGGGAGCUGGCCAACUUCCGCUUCCAGAAGGACUUCCUGCGGCCGUUUGAGCACAUCAUGAAGAAGAACAGAUCUCCCACCAUCAGGGACAUGGUGGUCCGCUGCAUCGCUCAGAUGGUCAACUCUCAGGCCGGCAACAUCCGCUCCGGCUGGAAGAACAUCUUCUCAGUGUUCCAUCUGGCGGCGUCUGACCAGGACGAGAGCAUCGUGGAGCUGGCCUUCCAGACCACUGGACACAUCGUCACGAAUGUAUUUGAGAAGCACUUCCUGGCCACCAUCGACUCCUUUCAGGAUGCGGUCAAGUGCCUGUCCGAGUUUGCCUGCAAUGCCUCCUUUCCUGACACAAGCAUGGAAGCCAUCCGCCUCAUCCGACACUGCGCCAAAUAUGUGUCCGACCGGCCACAGUCGUUCAAAGACUACACCAGUGAUGACAUGAGCGUGGCCCCUGAGGACCGUGUGUGGGUGCGGGGCUGGUUCCCCAUCCUCUUUGAGCUCUCCUGCAUCAUCAACAGGUGCAAGCUGGACGUCAGGACAAGGGGCCUGACGGUGAUGUUUGAGAUCAUGAAGACCUACGGACACACCUUCGAGAAGCACUGGUGGCAGGACCUGUUCCGGAUCGUCUUCAGAAUCUUCGACAACAUGAAGCUGCCUGAGCAGCAGACAGAGAAAGCAGAAUGGAUGACCACAACCUGCAACCAUGCACUUUAUGCCAUUUCCGACGUGUUCACACAGUACUUUGAGUCCCUCAGUGACGUCCUGCUGGAUGAUAUCCUCGCCCAGCUUUAUUGGUGUGUCCAGCAAGAUAAUGAGCAGCUGGCCAGAUCGGGCACCAACUGUCUGGAGAACGUGGUCAUUCUGAACGGGGAGAAGUUCAGUCCAGAGACCUGGGACAAGACCUGCAACUGCAUGCUGGACAUCUUCAAGACCACCAUCCCUCACGCGCUCUUAACAUGGAGGCCGGAAGGUGAUAUCACACAUAUGGACUCAGACAAGCAGCUGGACUCAAUUUCCCAGAAGUCAAUAGACAUCCAGGCACGCACAGAAGAUCAGCAGUCCAUCAACAGCAUGGAGAAGGUCCCUAUGGACAACCGGAGACAGUCUCAGUUCAGCACAGUCUCGGGCAUGAAUGAGGACGGCCCCAGAGCAAGGACCCCUACAAAGAUCCUGGAGCAGAGGUUGUUCGCUGCCCUCCUCAUCAAAUGUGUGGUCCAGUUGGAGCUCAUUCAGACCAUAGACAACAUCGUCUUCUUCCCUGCCACCAGUAGGAAGGAGGACGCUGAGAACUUUGCCGCUGCUCAGAGGGACGCGCUGGACGCAGACGUGCCCGUGGAGAGGCAGGACCAGGGCAUGUACCGCUACCUGACCUCCGCACAGCUCUUCAAGCUGCUCGACUGCCUGCUGGAGUCGCAUCGCUUUGCCAAGGCCUUCAACUCCAACAACGAGCAGAGGACCGCACUCUGGAAGGCCGGUUUCAAGGGGAAGUCCAAGCCCAACCUGCUGAAGCAGGAGACCAGCAGCCUGGCGUGUGGUCUGCGCAUCCUCUUCCGCAUGUACACCGACCCCUCACGCCAGGACGCCUGGGAGGAGGUGCAGCAGCGCCUGCUCAAUGUGUGCAGUGACGCCGUGGCCUACUUCCUCACCCUGACCUCGGAGAGUCACCGGGAGGCCUGGACCAACCUGCUGCUCCUCUUCCUCACCAAGGUCCUGAAGAUCAGCGACGACAGGUUCAAAGCCCAUGCCAGUCGGUACUACCCCCUGCUGUGUGAGAUCAUGCAGUUUGACCUGAUUCCAGAGCUCAGGGCUGUUCUGCGGAAGUUCUUCUUGAGAAUUGGGAUGGUGUUCCAAAUCGCCCAGCUGCCUGCAGCUGAGCAGGGAGCUUCUGAGGACGCCACCCAGGAGGUCUAGAACCUUCCAUGGGCAUUAAGACGAGCUCCCCCUUUCUCCCCCAGAAAGUCCCUCACAGACAACCCAUCAUAAACCAAACCACAACCCACUUCUAUUUACCCGUCCAAAUGGUUCUUGUCUUUUCUCCCCCCCCAACCACCGGAGGGCGCUAAGGAGCCCCUACCAGAUAGGACUUCAUCCUCUGCCUGCUUCCCCUUUCUUCAUCACUCAGCAGUACUUCAGCAGACCUUCUAGAUUCUAGAAAGUAUCAGAAUUUUCCUGGAGUCUUUGCAUCGAGAAUAUCACAGAAUCUGGGUCGGGGAAAAACAUCCCCUUCACUGAACUAAUGGCCACGCUUUGUACAGUAGCAUAUAUCAUCUAAAGGAUCAUACCGGCGAAUAUAAUGACAACUAUUCAAAUUACAUGACUUCUGAAACACUUCAGAAGGCUGAUAUAUUUAAAAAAGGGGUGUUUCUUGCUUUGUCUCGACAUUAUCUUAAAAAGCUAUUCUGAAUGAAAAAGGUUUCAAACAUCAAGCAAAAGAUCAUUGAUUAGUUCCAACAAGUGAGUAACGCGUGUUACUCGACGAUCCUAAUUUUUGUUUCACAUUGCUAAUGGCUAACAUUAGCAUUGAUAGCUCCUUGGAUGAAACUAGUUGUACAGACAUGCAGCUUUGUAAAAUAAUCUCAUAACACUAGAUUUUAUUUCUGUAUUUUUUGUUUUGGUUUCUCUGAAUUUUGCUGCACUUGUUUUCUUUAUCAAAAUGCACUGGAGAUUUUUACUUUUGUGAUAAUUUAUUUAACUAUGCCAUCUCUCCCCGAUUGUCCAAUGAGAUUUCUAAUUGAUUGCUACAAUAUAAACUGAUAAGUUAAAUUAUUCCAUUUUAUAUGUACUGACACUUUUUUAAUUAAGAGAAAAAUGUCCGCAAGUCCGCAUCUGGGAUUCUCUUGAAAACUGGAACUUCAGAAAAAAAACAAAGAGCUGAUGAGGUGUGUGUGAACUGCAUCUGAUUUCACUGGUCUGUAUCCCUGUUUGGAGUAGGUUUCACUGUAUGUGUACAAAUUAAGAAAAAAAUUUAAUAUAUUUAAAUCUUUUUUUUUGUUUGUUUGUUUUCGGGGUGGGUUGUAUGUAUAGAACAUAUGAAUAAUGUUAGCUGCGCUUCAAACAUUUGAUGAUGGUGUGUGGAUCUGAAGCAUUCCUGGUUUGGGUGAAUAGAAGAAGAAAUGUAUAAUGGUACAGCACUGUAAAGUUUUCUAUGUGGAAAAAAAUAAGCCUGUACAACAUUCUGUACAAAGCUGGUUAUCAUCCGAAGCAUUCUAAUCAGGUCAUAGGUCAAUAAAGUUUUUGAACUUGG